CAGGAAACACAGGAAUAACGCAUGCUACGGUAUGCGGAUGAGGGGCACAGAAUCGGUCCCUGGCCUUCGAAGUGGGCUUGUCGGGCUCACAGCUGCGCUUCUCCAUAAAGCUUGUACAACACCUUCAGAUAACUGAAUAGCAUCCAUCAAUCAGCCGCACACAAUCAAGGCGCUAGACAAACAAGAUGGACGCCACAACAAAGACACUCAAGUCGACGACGCGAGUGGACAACAGCACUAACCCGAACUUCAAGCACACAUCCACCUUCCAUACUCGCGGACAGUGGACUCCCGAAUCUCCCCCGCCGCUGACAUCGACCUACACAAUCUUCCAUGGCGAGCGCCCCGAGCUUCCGCGUUACGUGCCCAAAUACGCUGUCUCGCCCGAGACCGCAGCCCUGACAUCACGUCACGGUUCCAGUCCCUACAGUUUUCGGGCGACUGCCGAGCGCGCCGGCAGCACCCCUGACGGCCGUGCUACCUACCGCUUCAGCGGGCUGCCAGCGGGUGUGUCGCCCUAUUCCACCGGGACCAAGCUGUCCAGCUCAACCCUGGGCUCCUCGGGCCUACCGCCGGUGCAAUACAAGUCCUACCUGACCGAGUAUGUGGACGAGUAUCGUGAGCCGCUGGAGCAGCUGGACACGCAGCGCAGCCUCACCCUCAAGUACGGCACCACAGGCGGCUACCGCACCACACAGCGCAGCACGCGCUCGGACGGGCAGCCAAAGUACCAGACACGGGUGGUCGCGUUCUAAGUCUGGCGUGUCAGGCACUGGGGCAGCUGGCGCCACUCAAGACGCGCUUGGAACCAAGUGCUCCUGAGUGGCGGCUCAGACCCGGCAAGAGCUGGUUUGGUUACCUUCUUACAUGAGCAGUGUACAUGUGCCGAUAAGCAAUUGCUUUGCGGCGCUAUUUUGUACGCCAACAAGUAAUGGAGGCCGUCUGUUGCAUGCAUCCGGUAUCUCCGCACGCCCUGAAGCAAGGGCGUCGCACACGGCAAGGUCACGUUGGCCUUGCGAAUGUGGUGGUGGUGGUGGUCGGUUUCGUUACGGCGUCAUGCCGCCGGUUGUAGUCCAGUGCAGCGGCGCUAGUAGCCAUGUGCGAGGUAAGCUAGAUGAGUCGCAAACGCAGACAGUGAGCAAGAAUAGGCAGCAGGUGGAACAUACAGGAGUAGCAAUGUGCGUGUGCUGUUGGCGCGCGAAUGCAGAGAUGCGACGGACAGUGUCCGCAGGGGUCUUAGGCCUUAGGGCAGCUAUACCAGUAUCAGUAGUGUCCCUUUGCAAGGCAUGGCGGCCCGGCCAGUCGGGGCCAGCUCCAACAGUUACGUUUUUGUGGGGAUGCAGGUGCCUGUUGAAGAAAGAAAUAAGAUCGAUGGGAAUAGAACUGUUUGCGAGUGGGUGGUUGGGGGUGGGGGUUGAAGGGUUGAUGGUGCUAGCACUGCGUGUAUGUGUGUGCGAAUGUGUGGUGUACGCCUGGGUAUUCAUGGGGUGACUGUGCGUGAGCGAGCGCACAACGCCGACGGUGCUUGUGUGAAGCCGGCACCGGUCACAAGUGGAGUCGGCCGGGUCGAUGGCAGUCUCGGGCAGUCUAGGCAAGGGGAUAUCUUGUGUGUGUAUGCUUGCACGUGGGCUGGUACAAGGACAGCUUACUUCUACACACAUUGCUUUAUAUGUGGCUCGGGGCCCGCUGUGUUCCAUGGUUGCAGCCCCCCGGCCGAACUGACGAGUCGCGAGCACGUGGCUCAGAACCCGAGGGUAUCUGUUCCUCCGUGUUUGGGCACGGUGUUUGGGCCAAAUCCUUGUCUUUUGUAACACCUUGAGUUC